CUUUCAGUUUGCAAGGAAGGCUUCGUUCAAGAUGAGGUAACAAAGGAUUGCAGAGAAAAGGAGCGCUUUACUGGAGACGACAACCAAAGUCCUAAUCUCGGAGUAAUCAUUGCUUGUAUAAUAGGGGCACUCCUGCUCUUGCUGCUAAUUACUCUUCUCAUCAUUGGAGCCUUCAUUGCUACGAGAAAGAGAGCUAAAGCGAAACUGAAGACUGCUGAGAUUUCACUGAAGGGUAUUGUAAAGGAUAACCCGCUGUUUGUGUCACCCAAUGACAUAACUUCAGACCGGCCAGAGGGGCAGACUGGAGCCAAUGGGAUGAACAUACCCGUAGCAGAUCCGAGUGGAAACGGAACCACUUUAUAGUCAUGUGAUCACACUGCGUGUACGACGUCCCGCGCAUGCGUUAUUUUUUGCAUCGUCAUCCUUUCCUGCAGUCAGUCCUAUAUAGCAUCAUACUGAGGCAAUUUCGUUUUUGUUUGUAUUGUCGUGCAGUUGAAUUACUCAACAUGCUGGGCAGGAAAUUAGUGGCGCUGCUGCUGUAGCUGGUUAGCGUAGUGGUAGGAUCAGGCUACAGUCAGUUCUGUACCAUAUCCUACGAAAGAAAGCCUGAGUCGAUCUGGAGGACACCGUGAUUCCUCUAUCAUCCAAGCAGGAGAUGCUGCAGCAACGCCUACAGUGGAUGUGCUGAUUUGAGAAUUGUCUGUCGUUCAGAUUUACUGACCGACAAGACCUCCUACGCGGCGUUCAGUUGUGGUGCACUACACUUGCUCUGGUCACAACAGCUGUCCACCAGGAACUGCAGUGGAGCAGAUUGAGUCUGGUUGUGAAAGUGGACGGUGGAGCAAUAGAGUAGAAGGCUCUACUUCUUUCACUCGUUCACAAACCACUGAAGCCAGUCUUUCUACCACUGCCAGAGAAGACUGUUCAGCUUGUUUGUCUCCAGAACUAGCAAACACCCUGGGUGUCACGACUGAUAGCGUAACUCACUGUGUAGCCUGUAACUCAGCGUGUGAUCAAGGUCUCAUGAGAUGCUUUGGACCUGGUGCCAGUGACUGCUGCAACUUCUACAACAACUCAGUGUGUGUGGAGCAGUGUCCCAGUCCUUUCUUGUCCAACUCUGACAGCAUCUGUGUCUGUCCAGAGGGGAAAACUGGCCACAACUGCGAAGAUGUGGUGGACUGUGGUGGCCUUUUAGCCCCAGCAAGUGGACUAGUGAAUGUUUCUACCACAGUUUUCAACUCAACAGCCACUUACUCCUGCAAUGAUGGCUACAGUCUAGAGGGAGAUUCCACCAGAACAUGUCUGGCUAGUGGUCUCUGGUCUGGUAGAUCCCCACAGUGCACAGUGGUCGACUGUGGAGUUCUGGUUGACCCAACGAGUGGUGCAGUCACACUGUCUAAUACAACAUUCACCUCAUCAGCCACUUACUCCUGCAAUGAUGGCUACAGUCUAGUGGGAGAUUCCACCAGAACAUGUCUGGCUAGUGGUCUCUGGUCUGGGAUUGCUCCAAACUGCACAGUUGUAGACUGCGGUGGGUUACCGGACCCAGAAAAUGGAGCAGCUACAGUGACUGAUACAAUAUUUAACUCAACAGCCACCUUCUCCUGCAAUGAUGGUUAUAAUCUAGUGGGAGAGGAAACCAGAAGAUGUUUGGCUAGCGGUAGCUGGUCUGGUAGUGCUCCAAACUGCACAGAGAUUGACUGUGGAGAUCUGUUCGAUCCAACCAAUGGAGGAGUUUCAGUGACCAGUAAAAGAUUUAACUCGACUGCCACUUACACCUGUGACAGUGGCUACAAUCUUGUUGGAGAUACCGCCAGAACAUGUCUGGCUACUGCUAGCUGGUCAAGUUUUGAACCAUCAUGCAUAGUUGUAAGCUGUGGUGGACUAGCUGACCCAGAAAAUGGAGCAGUGGAAGUGUUUGACACAACAUUCACCUCAACAGCCACUUACUCCUGCAAUGAUGGCUACAGUCUAGUGGGAGAUACCACCAGAACAUGUGAGGCAAGUGGUCUCUGGUCUGGAACUGCCCCACUGUGCACAGUGGUUGAUUGUGGAGCCCUCGAGGACCCAGCAAAUGGAUCAGUCGCUGUGUCCGAUACAACCUUCAACUCAACCUCUAGCUAUUCCUGCAGUGUUGGCUACCGUCUUGAUGGAGAGUCCCCCAGGACAUGUCUUGCUACUGGGCUCUGGUCUGGCAGUACUCCAACAUGCACAGUUGUUGACUGUGGUAGUCUAGCUGACCCGGCAUUUGGAGAAGUGAGAAUUUCUGACACAACGUUCGCCUCAACAGCCACUUACACCUGCAGUGAUGGCUACAGUCUUGUGGGAGAUACCACCAGAACAUGUCUGGCUAGUGGUCUCUGGUCUGGGGGUGAACCAACAUGUACUGGCCAUGCAAUCGGCAGCAGUUGUCCUGCAAUAAUGCAAACAGAUGUUGAACGUGUUCUAAGCUCAUACGUCGCCGAGCAGACUUCAUGCUCGGGGCAAACAAACUGCCCCCCUCAAAUUACCAUCAUUGAUAUGUACAUCAACUGUUUGUCAUCUGGUCCACUCCGUGAUACCUACACACAUACAACAGUCACGGUGCUCUACACGACAAUCGGGAUGCAGUACUUGGCGCAGGCAGACAUUGGGUGCUCCAACUCCACCAGCAGUUGGGAGGCCAGUGUCCUACGCUACAUAGCAUCGAGUCUGGACCAAGUGUUUGUGGCGGGGAAUGGGACGGAGAAUGAGGAUACUAGAACCUCGUGUUCUGCUUGUCUCAGCCCCCAGCUGGCUACUGAACUAGGAACCACUUCCCACUCCAUUUACCACUGUGUAGGUUGUGAUGAUGUCUGCUCGGCUACUGGGGCUGGACUGUGCUACGGACCGUCGCCCACUGAAUGCUGUAGCUACUAUUCACCCAGCAAUGUCUGUAUGAGCAACUGUGGCCCCAGAAGAACGUACAACUCUCAAUGGCAGUGUAUCUGUGCCAGCUUCUGGAGAGAACCUGACUGCACAGUAUGUGACCUGAGUUGUGAAAAUGGAGGUACGCCUGACGUGCUGGGGUGCACUGCCUGCCACUGUCCAGCUGGCUACAGUGGGACACACUGCGGUGACGACAUAGACGAAUGUUCAACCUCUGAAACCUGCUCCAUGAAUGGAGUCUGCACUAACAGUGCGGGGGGAUUCAGCUGCUCGUGUUUUGCCGGCUACACGGGGGGAACGCUGUCAGAUCAACAUUGACGAAUGCUCUGAGGGAACUCACGACUGUUUGAAUGGUGCUACAUGCAUCGACGACGCCCCGGGCUAUCGGUGCAGCUGUCGCGAGGGUACUGGUGGGCAGAAGUGCGAAAACUGCGUGCUGAGCGGUUGCGACACUUGUGCUACCGAGAAGGAUCCUGUGCUCUGUACCCAAUGUGGAUUGGGUUACUUCCUCAAUAAUGGAUACUGUGAAAAGUUCUGUGGAGUUGAAAACUGUCUCAAGUGUUCAGAGACCAGCAGCAGUGUAUGUGAGGAGUGUCAGAACGGCUACAUCCUCAGUAGAGAGGGUGGACUGUGCAACACAAAGACUGAUCCCACGUUUUCCACCGGUACCUCCGAGAGAGGGGACAGAGUUGAUGAGAGUGGGAACGAAUCCGGACUAUCAGACUUUGUAAUUGCAGGUAUUCUUGCAGGAGUGAUAAUCUUCGUUAUUCUGUUGAUCACUCUGCUCACCUGUAUGACAGUAAGUGUGGUCAAGAGAGCUUGUCGGGGCAGUGACUCGGAACCAACAGACAAAUACAACGAUGUACAAAGAGCAAUAAGGAGAAAGGCAAAUCCUGCAUAUGUGCGAUCCUCGUACAUGGAGGCUGAGGUCGAAUUUGGAGCUGUGAAAGUUGAGACUACAGAGACGAUAGACACAGUGGAAGACGGUGGGAGUAGUGAGGGAGAAGAGGGGGAGGAGGGGGAGGAGGAAUAUGGUGGUGAAGGUGACACAGUCCCUCUCUCAGAAGUGUAGUUACCUCAUCUUUAUCUAGUACAUAGCGUUGUGAAGCAGCACUUGUACAUUGUACCAUACUCUCGCUAUAAUAAUAUAGAACGAGCUGUGUGUGACGGCGCGGCGCUGAGCAUUCUGAUUGGUCGAAAUGCUCUUCCGCGUACGCAUGCGCA